UUUUGUAAUGCUAAUAAGAAAUAUUACCCCUCUCUCUUCUCUCUCCUAACAAUAAAAGUAUAAAACCCUAAGACCUAAAACCUACCCAAUCAGCAACGACGGAUGCCGUCCCGACCUCAGCCACCACCGCCGCCUAUCUCCAGUCGCCUGUUGCCUGUUGCCAUGGCCAGCAGCCGCCUGCCACCACUGAGACCUGUGGGGACUAUGCCCUUUAAUGAGACAAAGAUGAUUGAGAGGAAUGUGCGCCAUCAAGGUCGUGGGAACUAUUUCAUAAGAGGCAGAGGUCGUGGAAAAUAUCACGAAAAGAGCGGCAUGAAUACGUUUGAACAAGGAAAUUUCUAUGGUCGUUGUCGUGGUCGUGGUCAUGGACUUGAUCGUGGCCGUGGAUGUAGCCACAUUUAUGAAAGAAAUAUAUUUACCCCCGAAAUGAUAAUUUUAAAGAAGUACAGAAACACAAAAGCACAUGUAAUAGAUGUAGCAUGACUGGACAUUGGGGGCGAACUUGCCUUACCGCCAAACUUGAACCAAAGGAAAAGGGGCAGAAGCAAAUUUUGUAAAUGAAGCAAGUACAUCUUGGCCCACCUUAGAUGUCUUCGAUUUCUUUAAUGAGGAUGUGAA